UGCUGUGACUUAAGUCAUUUAUAUUAUUAUUAUCAUAUAGUGUUAUUACAAUAUUAUUUAGCAUACAGUACAUAAGUGUUAUAUGUUAAGAUGGAUGAUGAUUUACCUUCAAACUUUGAUGUUAUUAUUUUGGGAACAGGAAUGCCAGAAAGUAUUCUUGCAGCUGCAGCAGCUAGGAUAGGGAAGACAGUAUUGCACUUGGACAGAAAUCAUUACUAUGGAGGAAGCUGGGCAAAUUUCAACUUUGAUCAGCUGACUGAAUGGACAGAGAAACAUAAGGUUAUACCACCACAUGAAACAACCACUUCAUUGAUUGACGAGAGGUGGGCAGAAUGUUUAACAGAAGAAGAAACAGCAGUUCCCUUGCCCCAGUAUCCCAAAAAUAUUCAAAAUGUUUCCUGCAUUACAUGCAUAAGGGAAUCAGCAUCUGCUAAAAGUGUACCAGAAGAAAAAGUCUUUUCGCAAGAUGAUUUGGAGAAAACUAAUGUUAUCCCUUCUGGUAAUGAGAACUCUGAAAAUACCGAAAUAUCUCAUCUUGCUGCUUCAUCUGGAGAUAGUUUUUCUCCAACAGAUAAUGAACAAGUAGCAGAAGCGGUGGGUGAAACUGAACUUUCUGGCAUUACUCACAAUCUCCAGGAAUCUGAGAGCAGUAGAGUAACUUUCUUAGGAGCUUCUACAAGUAGAACUAAUGAUGUUAGUAAUCAGGAAGGAAAUGGAGACCAUGUAACAAGGGAACAUCAAGAAGAAGAUACAAUAUCACCUGAUUUAGGACAGAGUUUGGAAGAAGCAUUGUUUGGGUCCAAUACAUCUAGUGAUAAUACCUUGAUUCAGAAUGUUGGAGAGAGAGAAGACUCUGUAAAUGAUGUUCUUGAAGACAGAAAUCAUAAUAUCAGAAGUGAGGAGUCUGCUGAAAUGUGUCAUGAUUUGAACUUGGAACCUUCCAAACCUGAUAAGAAGGAAUGGACCUUGGAAGAUCUGCAUACCCAGCGAAGGAAGUUUAAUCUGGACCUAGCACCAAAACUUCUUCUUUCAAAAGGACCUCUGGUAGGCCUCUUGAUAUCAUCCAACAUCGCAAGGUAUGCUGAGUUUAAGUGUGCAACACGAGUUUUGACAUACAUCAACAACCAUCUGGAACAAGUGCCAUGCUCUCGAGCUGAUGUUUUUGCUACAAAACAUGUCUCUGUUGUAGAAAAAAGAAUGCUAAUGAAGCUAUUAACAUUCUGUCUACAAUUUCAAAAACAUCCUGAAGAGUAUAGAGGCUUUGAAGGCCGACCUUUUGUAGAGUUUUUGAAAUCAAGAAAACUGACUCCUAGUGUGGUGCACUAUAUUUGUUAUGCAAUAGCAAUGGUUGAUGACUCAGUGCCAACGUUGCAGGGCCUAACUGCUACCCAGAAGUUUCUAGAAUCCCUGGGCCACUAUGGUAACAGCCCUUUCCUCUGGCCUCUUUAUGGAUGUGGAGAAUUGCCCCAGUGCUUUUGCAGGUUAUGUGCUGUUUUUGGAGGAAUCUACUACUUGAAGCGGUCUGUGGAGGGUGUUAUACUUGACAGGGAAGGCAAAUGUGUUGGAAUAUUUUCAAAUCAUAAAAGGAUUAAUUGUAGUUGGUUAGUUAUGGAGUCCAGUUAUGCUGCUGCAGAAUUUUUACCUGCUAAUGUUCCUGAAAGGGUAUCCAGAGCUAUCUUUAUCACCAGUUCUUCAAUCUUGCCCGCAGAAAAAGAACAACUGACACUUCUGAAACUGGUUCCUGAUGGUAAUAUACCAAGUACUGUUACAGUUUUGGAGCUAGGUCCAGGAGCUAUGGUUUGUCCAGAUGGAUUAUAUGUGGUGUAUAUGAAUUGCCCCUCUGUUCAUGAGACAGCCAAAGAAGACUUGCUUCCAGCUGCAGAACUAUUGUUUAGUCCACUGAAUACUGAUGUAAACACAGGCUGUGCAGGUUCUUCUGAUGUGAUGGAACCCGAAGUUCUGUGGUGUGUGUUCUUUAAUGAACUUGAUACAACCACUGUAAAUCUGAAUGAGCACAAUCCUUCAGGAACAAUCAUAACAUCAUCACCAGGAAAAAGUUUAGAUUAUGAGCUUACAGUUAAAGAAGCACGUAAUCUGUUCCAAAAAAUGUUUCCGGCAGAAGAAUUUCUUCCUAGAGCUCCAGAUCCUGAAGAAAUUGUCAUGGAAGGAGAUACAGGAAAUCCUGGUGAAAAGGGGAAUGAAUCUGCUGAAAACUUAACAGACAAUGAAAUCCAGCAUCCAAGUGAGAAUUUGCAGCAACCUGAAGAAUUGCAGAGUCCAAAUGAUCAGGAAAACAAAGAACAGGAUCAGCACUCUGUUACUGAAGCUUAACCUUAAGUUUUAAAAUGUUGAUUUCAACAUUGAUAUUACUACAGAGAUUGUUAAUUGAUAUAGGUGUUGUAUGUAUUACAAUAUUCUUCUGAGAGAUUAUUAUUUUUUCACUGUAAUUAUUAACAGUGAUAAACAUGUAAAACUGGCAUUACUGUGAAAUUGUUAAUAUUCCUAAAAAUAUUGCUGAUCUAGGACAAUUAAAUAGAUUGACAACAGUUUCUGGCUUUGACCAAAAUGUGGUGGAGACAUUAUUAUGUAUUCCUAUAUUUGUGACAUAUGCACUUUUGUUAAAUAUAGGUUCAUAAAAUAAUAAUUUUGUUUUUUCUGUGUAGGAUUAUAUGCAUAUGUGGGUUGGAGUUCUCUUGCAUUGUGCAUAAUAAUAUAUAUGUGUAUGUAUAACUGUGGUUUGUUUUGUUUCUUGUUUUACCUUCCAAUUUGUAUGCAGAACAACGAGUAGGUUCACACUUAUUUAUGUUGAAUUAAAUAUUUAGAUAUAUUUAUGUAUACACACACAUGUAGACAUAAUUCAAAUGAAAAAGUUAAUUGUCUUGUGGAACACAAAAAUCAGUUUUGAUUAGAAUUCAAUGUGUUUUGAAAAUAAUUGGUUAAAUGUUUGAAUAUAGAUCAUUAACUAAAAUGUUUUUGCUUUGACUGCAUACAGUAUAGUGUAUGUACAGGGUGAUUCAUAAUUUGUGCAAGACUGUCAAAGCAUUGUAAAAAUUGGAGGGUACAUGGAGGAUGAUGUGCAGAAGGAAAUUAUCUGUGACAGAGACCCUUCAUGAAUUGACCAUUUGGUCACCUACAAAUUGUUUAGGUGAAAAAGAGCCUGUAUGCCAACAGUUUCUAGUAUGCACAGCAGAAAGCAUGUUUUAAGAAUGUUGAAGCAUAUCUUGCUGUAUGGCAAGAGUAUACAGACAUACUAGUGCUACAACAGCUACUGUUUUUGAUAACAAUCACACUGAUGGAAGUACUAUUCCAAAAUCAACAGUAACCAGAUGAGUGAAACAAUUCCUUGAGGCAAGAAUUGUGUGAAUUAUGAAUUACUGUGUGUUACAGAAAACAAAUAAUUCAAUCAAUAACUAUAGAAGACAUCCAAAGGAUAAAACCCCAAACAGUACAUUCAGACUGCAAGCACACUGAUUGUUGGAAUGUUAACAGUUCCAAAGCCACCCAUAAUAUUUCUAGUUUCAAUACUUUGUUUUUUUUGAUCAGCAGGGACACUUGAGUUCUAAAUCUAUAUUAAGCUUCAAAAAUAUAUAAAAUUUCACAGUGA